GUGUUUUGUUAUUUUUUUUACAAUAGCAUUAUUAAUUAAAACUAGAGUUUCAAAUCUUGCCUUGUGCUCUGAGAGCAGCUUAUCACAGUGUGCUAGCUAAAUCUUAUCAGUCCGGUUGUUAAGUAUUCCCCGAUUACGCCGAUUGCGCAACAAUUAAAUGAGCAGAAAGCCUGAAAGUGCAGCCAGCGAGUAACGGCACCAGGGUCCGGUUAUCAGUUACAAAUAAGACGCGGGUGCCGCCGGAGAUUGUGCCUUAUCCGGAGAGCUCUCUACCACAGUUUCCAAGUGUCAUUUGUUUAUUUAUAUUGUGGUGACAAAGCUGAAAUUUCGUCUCGUUUCCAGUCGGUUCAUUCAUAAACACAAGCCAAUCCGAAACCCCAACCAUGUUCGCAAUCCUUCGCACCGCCUCUAGGAUGACGUCGGUCCACCAGCAGCAGCCCCAGCUAAUUCGGGCCAUGUUUCGGGCGAAUUUCGCCAGCAGUUCCGCGAUGGCCCAAAAGAUUCGUGCCGGACCCGUGGUGGAUGUGCUCGGUGACGAGAUGACCCGCAUCAUCUGGGACUCGAUCAAGAACAAGCUUAUCCUGCCCUACUUGGACAUUGAGCUGCACACCUACGAUCUGGGUAUUGAGUACCGUGAUCAGACCGAGGAUCAGGUCACCAUCGACUGCGCCGAGGCCAUCAAGAAGUACAAUGUGGGCAUCAAGUGCGCCACCAUCACCCCCGACGAGAAGCGUGUGGAGGAGUUCGGUCUGAAGAAGAUGUGGAAGUCUCCCAACGGUACCAUCCGUAACAUCCUUGGAGGCACCGUCUUCCGUGAGGCCAUCAUCUGCAAGAACGUACCCCGCCUUGUGACUGGCUGGCAGAAGCCCAUCGUCAUCGGUCGUCACGCCCACGCCGAUCAGUACAAGGCUGUCGACUACGUGGUUCCCGGUCCCGGCAAGCUCACCCUCACCUGGAAGGGCAACGACGGCCAGGUCAUCGAGGAGGUGAUCAACGACUUCAAGGGCGCUGGUGUCGCUCUGGGCAUGUUCAACACUGAUGCCUCCAUCGUGGACUUUGCCCACGCCUCCUUCAAAUACGCCCUGGACCGCAAGCUGCCCCUCUAUAUGAGCACCAAGAACACCAUCCUGAAGAAGUACGACGGUCGCUUCAAGGACAUCUUCGAGGAUCUGUACAACAAGCAGUACAAGAAGGAGUAUGAGGCUGCCGGCAUCUGGUACGAGCAUCGUCUCAUCGACGAUAUGGUGGCCUACGCCAUGAAGUCCGAGGGUGGCUUCGUCUGGGCCUGCAAGAACUACGACGGAGAUGUACAGUCUGAUUCCGUGGCCCAGGGAUACGGCUCCCUUGGCCUGAUGACCUCCGUCCUGCUCUGCCCCGAUGGCAAGACCGUCGAAGCCGAGGCUGCCCACGGAACCGUGACCCGUCACUUCCGCUUCUACCAGCAGGGCAAGGAGACCUCCACCAAUCCCAUUGCCUCCAUCUUCGCCUGGACCCGUGGUCUCCUCCACCGCGCCAAGCUGGACGACAACGAGGCUCUGAAGCAGUUCGCCGAGACCCUGGAGCAGGUGUGCAUUGACACCAUCGAGAGCGGUGCCAUGACCAAGGAUCUGGCCAUCUGCAUCAAGGGUAGCCCCAACGCCGUGACUCGCAAGGACUACCAGGAGACGUUCGAGUUCAUGGAUACACUGGCCAAGAAUCUGGAAGCGGCCCUGGCCAAGAACGCCGCCGCCGCCAAGUGACUAUCCGACGAGCCAAAGGCCUCGCACCUCUAAGGAACCACUCAGCGAAGCCUAGUCCUCGUCGUUGUCGUUGUCAGACUUUUAAUUUCCAUUUUUUUUAAAUGUAGAUGUGCAUGUCCUAGGCUAACUAUUCGUGUCCUCGAUGCAUGUUUCUCUUCCAUGUCCAUUGUCUCUGCGAGACGCAAUCCCCUGAUUUCCCCUAAGAAAAUUCAAAUAAAUGUAUUUUUGUACCGGA